UUGUGCCAAUAGGAUUGUUUUUGAACGACGUACACAAAUCUAUUUGCUGACGUCGCUGAAGGAUAUCAAUAUGUUUGACAUACACAAUCUGUAUACCACUGUAGGCUUAUAAAACUAAAGUGAAGAAGACUUAGCGUUAGCCAUGGAUUUAAUUUUUGACAUUGGAGGAAAUGGGUCCCGCUAGCCGAGAAUGAUUACCAAUGUUGGCUAGUUUAGACGAAAUUAGUCGGGGGUAGGCAUGGUGUUGUGGAAUAUUAGUCAAUUUUUGUGAUGUGCUGUAAUUGUUUUUUGUUGGAUUUCGUUACUUUAUAACAAUGGUUUAGUGUUAUGUAAGUUACAAAUCCCCCAAAAUGCAUUUCUCUAUCCCUGAUACGGAAGAAUUCACCGACGAUGGGAAUUCGACGUAUAUGGGGUACAAUAUACACGUGAACGGAGUGUUUCAUUGUUCAGUGCGAUAUCGCCAGUUGCACAAUCUUCAUGAGCAACUGAAAAAGGAAUUUGGGGUGAAUAAUUUACCAACAUUUCCACCAAAAAAACUUCUACCACUAUCAUCCAGCCAGCUGGAAGAACGGCGAGCUUUAUUAGAAAAAUACAUUCAAGCAAUUGGUCAAGAUCCUCGACUGGUCAACUCUGAUUUAUUCAAUGGAUUCCUUCUAUCAGCUCAGCAAGAAACAAGUUGUGAGAAAAGCCAAGAAGUAAAUUUGGAUGUUUACCUUAUGAAUGGUUACAGGAUAUUGCUCAAGGUUCUGACUACAGAAAGAUCAGACCAGGUUCUUGAGAAAGUUUGCCAGCAAAUAAAUCUCCCAAGUGAAUAUGUCUACUACUUCUCAUUGUUUCUCAUCAAACGUGAAGAUGAUGGAGAUGUCACAGUAUUGCGGAAACUUCAGGAUUUUGAGUCACCAUACAUAUCACAGAAAUCCAUCCAGGGUGUUCAUCGUCUUGUUCUCAGAAAAAGUUACUGGGAUCCUAGUUAUGACAUUGAGCUUAUGUCAGACAAGGUGGCUCUGAAUCUUUUGUAUGUACAGACAGUAGCAGAUGUCGAAAAGGGGUGGAUUUUGAGUUCAAAGGAGACACAAAAGCAUUUGGCAUCAUUGCAGGCCAGAGGAGCCAAGAAAGAGCAUGGUGAAGGCAGCAGCAUUCACAGUAAUAGUAGCAGUACCUCAGACAACUCACAGCCACAGUUGGAGCUUUCAUUUGAGUAUCUUAUGUCAAAGGACAAGCUCCAGUGGAUUACAAUUGCAAGUGAGCAAGCAAUUCUGAUGUCUGUGUGCCUUCAGGCUAUGGUUGAUGAAUUAUUACUCAAAAAGACUGGAAUGAAGAGAAGACAGCCUAGUGAUAAUUCUAGGAAGGGUAGCUGGUCCUACAUGAAACGGGACGGGAGCAGCCAGUUAAUAAGCAUCAGUCAGUCAACAUCAACAGAUGGAAUUGCAACAAAGCCCAGUGCAGAGAAUGGAGACACAAAACCUCCAGCCAAAUUGGAAUCCACAUCAUCUAUGAAACGGCUGUCAGAAAAGUUGGCAAGUGUGUCACUUAAGUCUUCCAUCAGACUGCUGCCUCACCCACUUGUUGAGAAUGAUGCAUUUGAAGGAAUUGGUGAUGAUGAUCUCUAACAAAGUGAAAUAUCUCAUUGCUGAAUAAUGUGCAGUAUUUAUAUUCAGCAUUUAACUCUUUUUCAGUGCCAAUGAAAUAUAUAAAUAACCAUAAGUGUUGACAUUCCAGGAUUUAGAAAUGUGCCGACAAAACUUUUAAAUUUCUGUUUCUGAUAUUUUAUGAUGCUAUUUUAUGUGCGACAAAAUGGAAGAUAUAUUUUGAACUAAAGAUAUACACGGAAAUACCAGCUGAACUGGAUGGAAAUAUAUUGGAAGCAUUUUCAUGACUUCAAUAUACUUUUUACAUUGUUAAGCACGUAUAUCUUUUUUAUGUAAAGUGAUAACUUUGUUUCGUCCAUGACAAGAUACGUGAUCUGUGUAGUUUGUGUGUGGCUAUAAGUAACUUGUUGACAAGUGCAUUGUAGUGUUUUGUGUCAGUUGCACAUGGGAAGCUGAAGGCUUCAAAGACCAUGAACUGUUUCUUACCGGUGAAAUUUCAUAAUAAUAAAAAUUUUGAAAGUGUCA